UCAUAUCGUCGUCGGCAAACUCAAUGUUACUCUCCCACUCACCAUGGAACAGAUUAAGUCAGGUGUCACGGAGCAACGACCCAAACUCUGUGAAAACACACCGGUCUAUUUUGGACUUACCCUCAACUACGAAGCUGGCUCUAUUUUUGGAUCUGGAAAGACGAAGGCGAUCCGUGCGGAAGCGAUUUACAACUACGACGCUGCCGAAAUACGACGAGUAAGGGACUACAACAGGGACAAUGUAAGGGCCAACGCUCGCCGUGCAAUCAAGAAGUGGUCGCAGGAAGGAUCACAUAAACGCAACGAUGAAGACUCAUUUUAUUGGAACUGA